UUCCAGACAUCGAUAUUUUUCUCGGUAUCGGGUCCCUUAAAACAAACAAAAUUCACACAUUCUGUUGAUAAACUUCUCGUUGCCUUGACUCAAGUCACGAGUCUAUAUUUCCUUAACAACAGCAGUACGACUCUCAAAUCGUCAAAACAAAAAUUGAAAUUUCCGACUGUAGCGAACAAAGUACAGCCGCCGGGUUUAGCGUAAGUAAAAUAGUGGACGAACGAGGAGAUUUAGAAGACUAUCCCCCGCCUUUUUUUAAUGUCUUGGCUCAGGUCUGACUUCGUCGUUUAGAAAUGCUCCAUGAUUUCAAAUGACCCAGUGUAGGUUUAGUUCAGUAUUCGUAAAAAUGAAACACAAUCUACGCUCAGCAUGUUGCAGCUCAAGUGCUACAAUAUAAAUGACGUGACGACAAGCAGAAGAGAAAAUUGAAGAGGAGGGAAAUUAUAAUGCAACCAUCAUAACGAGGGAACUGAAAACUUGAUCCUAAUUGAAUAUCAUUUGGGGUACUUGAUUUUGCUAUCAACACAGAAAUGAUUCUGACCGAGACUUGCUGCGUAUACCUAAAACUAAAAUAAAAAAUCAAACUCAAACGAUUACGGAAAAAAUCCAGAAAAAAUUGUUACGUUCUUCUCUUCCCUAAGAUUCUUUCUUCGAAUAUACCGCAGUUCCCCCCUAGCAGUAGCGCUUAACGUUUUCCAUUCAUAAUUUUCAGUAUGUGAUUCAAGCCAUUGUUUGUAGACUUAUUCAUUGACUCAGCUGCAAAGCCGGAAAAAUUUUGAUUGACAACGUCACGUGAUCAACGGUGGCAACCGCCAGUUCGUCGUGAUUGGAACUUUUUCUGUGGCUUGAUUUUCUGGUCUUAAAAUUUUUUCAGGUUGGAAAAUUUUGAUAAUUUAAUGAUCUGUGUAGGUCAAAUACAACCGAGCGCACCGUUUGAGACCAGGACUGCCUACAUUCCGGCGGGAAAGCUGACCGUUACCAAGGCUUUAGUCACAAGACUCUAUCAGCUAUGCAAGCCACCCUCGAUGCACGUGCUCCGAGGACCAAAUAUGGAACACAGAGCACACAUGACCAAUAGGCAAUUCUCUGCUACCCGUGAUAUGUGACUGCUAGUGAACUUUGGCGGGAAAGUUCAGAGUGCGGGAUAUCAUAAACAGCCAGUCCUGAACAACCGGUGUGUACACCAUGCUGAAGGAUAUAUAUAACGCUAAAAAAAUACGGUGAUUUAUUUCUCACCUUGGCGAAUCGAAGACAGUAAUUUCUCUUCAAAGAUGGAUUUUUGCGUCAGAAUUUUGAACGAUUGUGACUCUAUAAAUCUAGCGAAACGUCUUCUAUACGAAGUCUAUAUCCGAGAGAUGGGAUGGGAGUUUCGUGAAGACGGGCCGACCGGCUUUCGUGUGGAAAAAGAUAAGCAAAGCAAACCGAUUCUCUGCGACGCUUUUGACGAGUCAUCCAUUUGGUUUGGUGCCUACAAAGAAGGGGAACUAAUCGGCGUAACACGCGCUGUUCAACGAAAUAAUUCUCUCGGGAAGCUCGACAUUGAGUUGUACCCGGCCAGCCAGCUACCAUCCAUGAGAAGAGUUCUCCAGCAACAAGAAGAUCAUCAACUGAUUGAAGUACAACGAGGAGCCGUAGCGAAGGAGUACAGGGACACAAAGCCGAGCAUUAUCCAAUUACUUCUUCUGUUUGUCUUCAGUUACGCGCUUGACAAAGAACUGAGUGUAAUUUGCCCCACGGUAUUCCCCAUGUUAGAGACAUUAUUCAGCCGAGCUGGAAUGAAGCUUGUAGAGAAAAAUUUCACGUACGGUGAAGGUUGCGAUGAAUGGCCUACCUUCAUCUUCUACUGUUCUUCAUCCGCCUUGGCGCAAGUUGUUGGAAAGCUCAAGAGGGCAGCGGGAAAAAGAAAAGCAAGUUUUCUACAAGAAAGGGGCCUUCAAUCUAAACGAAGCAAGUUUCUUGUGGUGUAACUGACCCCAGUUUUUGGAACUGGCCAUCAUUAUGUUCGGGUUACGUCUAAAAAUUUUCGAGUGGUUUCAAAUCAAAUUGUGACUUAAAAAUUGUCGGUAAGAGGAUAUGUCUAUUAUUAUUUAUUGUUUUAUUUAUUUGCGCAAAAAUUCUCAUUGUAUAUAGCUACAAUUGAUUUGAGCAGGAAGUAUCUGGGCUCUCGUACGAGAUUCCCUUUGCAAACUGAUAGAACAACUCAGGCGGUGUAUGAAUUUCAAAUAAUGUUCAAUGGUUUACAAAAUUCAAAGGUGUACUUUUGUCGUUAAGAUGUGUGUCAAAUAUCGAAUGUUCUUUUUGGUUUAUGCUGAUAGUUUCUGUUCAGAUACAUGUAUAACGGAAUAUUAAAAUUAAGGAAAUAAAUUGUUAUUUUGAACCAUCUUUGGUCUUUCACUCUUCUUUAACUGUCUUAAUUACUGGCGAAUUGCAGUCAGUUUGUUUUUUUAGUACAUAACAAGCCAUUACAAGCCGUCUGAGCCUAACGAAGCCAAGAGAGCUUUAGAGAGACAUGUAAGAGUCCCAGGCGCUCGUAGUACCAUUUUGGGGGUUAAAAAUUGUGUUUUGGCGCGGCUAAGUGACGGUAGAAGAGUCGAGAAAAAAAAUUCGUCGCUUAUUCCAACUGAGAAAAUGAAAGAUCGGAACAGCACACGAAGUAAAGAAAAAGAUGUCCUUUUUGUGCGAAUUUCUUUAUUUCCAAUGUUACUUUUUGUCUUAAAAUGUAAUAAUGUCCUGAGUUGUAAUACUGUCGCAGUUUGUAACAUCAGUUGUCGGGAUUUGUACUGAACACAACUAUCGCACAUUGUAAUUAAUGACACCUUGUUGCAUGCAAUUUUUGACGACCCAGCUGUCGGGCAUUGACUUUCACAUCGUCGUGUUUUGCAUAUUUUGAACAUUGUUGUCAUCAUCGCUUUCCCUUUGUUCAGUCAGUUCUCAUUUUAUUCGUAAAAAUGGUGUAAAAUCCAGAAGGGGAAUAAAAUAUCAUCAAAUAUAAUUAAUAAACUGGCAAAAUUUAACAGCAGAAUUAUCAAAACACUAUUAUUGAUAUUGCGCAUGCAUAACUU